AUGCGUGGUAUUAAGGGCUUGGUGUGGGAAGGCUCUGUGUUGGACCCAAUUGAAGGUAUCCGUUUCAGAGGAAGAACCAUUCCAGACAUUCAAAAGGAGUUGCCUCAUGCUCCUGGUGGAACUGAGCCAUUGCCAGAAGCUUUGUUCUGGUUGUUGUUGACCGGCGAAGUUCCAAGCGAUGCGCAGACCAAGGCCUUUUCUGAAGAGUUGGCUGCCAGAUCUGCUUUGCCAAAGCACGUCGAGGAAUUGAUUGACCGCUCUCCUUCUCACUUGCACCCAAUGGCUCAAUUCUCCAUUGCUGUCACUGCUUUGGAAUCUGAAUCCCAAUUCGCCAAGGCUUACGCCAAGGGUGUGCACAAGUCCGAGUACUGGAAGUACACUUACGAAGACUCUAUCGAGUUGUUGGCCAAGUUGCCAAACAUCGCGGCUAGAAUCUACAGAAACGUUUUCCACGACGGUAAGUUGGCUGGCUCCAUCUCCAAGGACUUGGACUACGGUGCCAACUUCGCCACUUUGCUCGGCUACGGCGAGAACAAGGAAUUCUUGGAGUUGAUGAGAUUGUACUUGAGUAUCCACUCUGACCACGAAGGUGGUAACGUGUCCGCCCACACCACCCAUUUGGUUGGUUCGGCUUUGUCAUCUCCAUUCUUGUCGCUUGCUGCCGGUUUGAAUGGUUUGGCUGGUCCUUUGCACGGCAGAGCCAACCAAGAAGUUUUGGAAUGGUUGUUCAAGUUGAAGGCUGACUUGAAGGGUGACAUUUCCAAGGAGGCUAUCGAGAAGUACUUGUGGGAUACUCUUAACUCCGGAAGAGUUGUUCCAGGUUAUGGCCACGCUGUCUUGAGAAAGACUGACCCUCGUUACACCGCUCAAAGAGAAUUUGCUUUGAAGCACAUGCCAGACUACGACUUGUUCAAGUUGGUCUCCAACAUUUACGAGGUUGCUCCAGGUGUCUUGACCAAGCACGGUAAGACCAAGAACCCAUGGCCUAACGUGGACUCUCACUCUGGUGUUUUGUUGCAAUACUACGGUUUGACUGAGGAAUCUUUCUACACUGUCUUGUUCGGUGUUGCCAGAGCUUUCGGUGUCUUGCCUCAGUUGAUUCUUGACCGCGGACUUGGUAUGCCAAUUGAGAGACCAAAGUCUUUCUCCACCGAAAAGUACAUUGAGUUGGUCAAGUCUAUCGGCAAGAACUAA